UUCAGAAAUCUAGAAAACAAAUUAAUUUCUGUAAGUAAUGUCGACGAUCUUGGAAAAUAUUGGCGAAAGAUUGCCACCAUGUAUUUGGUUCGACGGAGGAGACAAACGCAAUGCAAUCGCUUCGAUUAUAUCGGGAUUUCUGUUCUUUGUUGGCUGGUGGAUCAUUAUUGAUGCAGCCAGUGUCCACACAGGCAGUGUAUUAGCUGGAUAUCACAUGUGUGGAGUGUUUGGAACAAUAUCACUAAUAAUGGUCAAUUCAGUAUCAAAUGCACAGAUUAGAGGUGAUAUGUUUGAUGGAGGUUGUAUGGGACCCAGAGGAUCAAGAAUUUGGCUCUUCAUUGGGUUUGUAGUGGGUUUUGCAUCAGUAAUUGCUGCCUGUUGGAUUCUUUUUGCUGAUUUUGUGGCAAAUUCUGAACACAUGGGACAAUGGCCUGGAGUUGCUCUGUUCCUACAAAAUGCAUUAAUCUUUGUCUCAUCAUUAAUUUAUAAAUUUGGAAGAUCUGAAGAUCUGUGGGGUUAGGCAAGAUUGAAAUGCAAAGCCUACAAGACAAAGAGUCAUAUCAAAAUGGUCUCGACGCUUUUUGUAUAAUGAUCACAAUGUUUAAAGAUCAAAGUGUAUGUUCUGAUUUACUUUAAACCCCUAUUUUAUAUAAGAAUAACUUAUCUUAAAAUAAGCUGUAACAUUUAUAGAAACCAUAAACACGUAUAUUAUUCAAGUA